AUGGCCAGCAUCUCCAUCAUCGGUCGAAGCCGCCACGCCUCGCUCAACAACCCAAGGGGUAACACUCUCUCCCACCGUCUCUUAAGAGUCAUCAAUGGACCGCCACUACACUUUUCCUCAUUGAAACUGAACCCCCUACCUCUUCAACUUCCGCUAAUUCGCCCAUCCCCAUUCACCUACCUCGCACAUUACCAUUCUAGCCCUCGAUGCGCAAUUAAAAGCGUUUCGGCUUGUGGGAGCUGGGAGACCUGGGAGGCCCGGGAUCUUUCUGAGUUGCCAGACAGUGUAGCUGGCUAUCGCAACGACGAGCUCCGGUUCAUCUCCUUAGGCAUGAUCAGGACUGGGUACCAUCGCUGGGGCUUUGUUGUUUACCGCUGUACCUACGAUGAUCAGGACCUGUGGGACCGCUACCUAAGUCAGCUUAAGGAGAACUCCUACAACCAGCUGGUUGACGGCCGUCGAGCCGAGUUACUGGAACAGUAUCUUGACUGGGUUGUGAUUGAGGACCGCGACACUUUGAACAAUGCUUCUAAAGCUGAUGUUAGAAAGCAUUUUAACCAGUGGGUUUCCGAGCACGCUGCUGAGACAUCUGCCCACCCCGAUAUCAUCGACCUUCCCCGUUUUAGAUACUGUCUCUAUGUCGACCAAAAGUGCCUCAAUACUCUUGAGCCCUUUCAAAAGUCAGAACUCCCUCCAAUUUCUAAGAAGCGAAAAACCAAAGACACCGAAAAGCCAAUGGUAGUUGCUUUUAUCGACCGCCUUUGGACGCCGAAUCAAGAAUAUGAGCAAAAAGUCGGUUUUAGAGACGAGGUGGAAGAUGAUGAGAAUGAUAUUGAGUCCGAGGAAGAUGAAGAGAAUGACUACAUUUACGACCCUAUGGCAGAGGGAGGCUACCCACCCGUUGAAGGUUGUGAUAAGAAGUAUGUUGGAUGGGAGUAUAGAUCGGCUGUUUAUAUAACGUCGGCUUACAAUGAGCUUUACGGCUUUAGACUAGACGAUGUUUUGGACUAUGUCAGGCCUCCUGCAAUUUAUCCCCUUGGGAUGGAGGUUAUGCCAGAAUAG